CUAUAGGGUAGUUAGGGUAGUGAAAGUUACCAUUAUUGAGUUUGACAGUUGGUAAACAUUGUGUUGUGAUUGUGCCACUUUUUGAAAUCGAUUAAACUUUUGAUUUGUUUAAAUAAAAUGUUUAGCGUCAAACAUAGUGAAUGUAUUGGGUUUGAGUCGAAAUGGAAGGUUGUGAAGGUUUCUUCUGAAGCUGGCAUGCAAACUUCAGAGUUUCAAGUUGAUACAAAAGGGACCAGUACUGUUGAAAAUAAAGGCAUUUCUAUUCAAACUGACUCAACUGCAUGUCAAAGCAAAGAAGUUGAUAUGCAAAAGGUUGCAGAUUGGUUAAAUAGAAUUUACCCAAAUGUAGCCAAAGAAUUAAACGAAGCUAACAAUUCAAAAGCUUUUAAAGGCUAUUGUUUAUCAAGUGAUUCUAAAGAUUUCAGUCUUAAACACUUGCAAACCAUAGAAAGAAAUGUUGUCACUGAAAAAGGGGAUUCUAAUGAUACAAUUUCGUCGAUGUCUUGGAACAGUACUGGCAAAAUUUUGUCUGUCUCAUAUGCUCACCCACAUAAGGGAUGGUGUCAUCAUAAUGGGUGUAUUUAUAUUUAUAAAUUUAAAAAUGGGAUUUUGGCUGAAAAUAAAAAAAUCUCCACUGAUUUUUGCGUUACAAAUAUAAAAUUUCAUGCUACAUACCCAUCUAUUAUAGUGGCCGGAACAUAUACAGGAUCAAUUAACAUAUGGGAUUUACACCGUGAAGACAAUGAAAUGUUGGUGGCAAGUAUUAAUGGACACAAUGAAAAUAUUACUCAGUUAUCGUGGAUACCGGAUAUUAUUUCCACAAAAAAUUAUUUACUUGCAUCAUCCAGCAUCGAUGGGUUUUUGAAAGUGUGGACUUACGAUUAUACAACAUCAAAUUUGGCUAUUAAAUCAAACUACAAAUUCAAGCUGCCAAUAUUCGGAAACAUAAAACGCGACACCCCUACACCGAAAGAGAUAUCGCAAAAAGUAUGGCGGGGAGUCGUCGCUUUCGAUUUCUCCAAAUUCUUGAGCGACAUUUUUUUGGUGGCCCUCGAGGGCGGCUUGAUCGUGGAAUGCGCGAUGUCGGCCGCCACGGAGAUCAAGGGCGGCUCCGAAGAAUCGCCCCUAUCGGAUCCCGUGGUUAAGUACUACGAGUCGCAGGAAAGCGAAAUUUCGGCCGUUUCGUUCUCUCCCAACCGGAAGGAGAUGUUCAUGACGUUGGGAACGGACUGCGACGUUCGAGUUUAUGUCCUCGAUCAGGAAGAUCCGGCUCAAAUAAUUUACACCAAAGAACCUUUAUUGGCAACUACAUGGAUUCCUUACGAAGAUAAGCUGAUCGCUGGAUGCGGCAAAAAUGGAAUGUUGGAAAUUUUUAACGUGCAAAAAGCGAAGUUAAUCGAAAAUAUCAACUCCGACAAAGUUUCAAAGACCGCGCUGUCCAAAAUCGCUGUUAACAAAGACAAUUCCAAUAUUGUUGCAUUGGGCAGCAUUAACGGCCAAAUUCAGCUGUGGAACGUACCUUGGAACUCAAUUGCCUUUAAUAAUUAAUUAUAAUUAAUAUAUUUUUUGUAUAUUUUACAUAAAUAA